AUGACAGUCGGCCACCCUUUUCGCCUUCGCCGCGCCCUCACAACCAAAUCCCGCUCCCUGCAAACUCCCCGAUGCUCUCUCCUCCAACUCCAAGUCCUAGUGCACUUGUUCCGCGUCGCUAUCUCCCUCGCUCUCCUCCCACUUGACAACACCAUCCUCCUCGCUGCCUACGCCGCAGGCUACUUCCCCUUCUCUCUGACAGACAGCAACAAGACCGGUGCCCGCCGCCGCGCUGCCGCCCUCCGCGACAGCCAAUUCAAGCCACGGACUGUCCUCGUCACAGGUAUCGACACUCCGUAUGGACUGGCCAUCGCGCGCGGGUGGUAUUACUCCGGCCAUCGGGUGAUUGGGGCCGAAGUGGUGGGCGGGGAUGACCAGUCGGGCGUGGCGUGCGGGGAGAGUAUGUCCCGGGUACUGAGCGGGUAUUAUCGCAUUACCACUGGUGUCCCUGGCGGUACUACGAAAGGCUACGCAGCGCAGAUACUAGACGUGGUGAUGAAAGAGAAGGUGGACGUGUGGAUCCCAUGCAGCGAGGAGACCGAAGGAGAAGAAGAUGCCGUCGCGAAGGGCGUGGUUGAGGCACGGACGGGGUGUAAGUGCGUCACACUUGAUCGGGGGAUGGUGGAUAUACUCUCCCAAUCCUCAACGGACCGAGAAGCGUUCCUGGCAUUCCUGGUCGAGAAAGGGUUACCCGUUGUGGAGAGACACGAGGUGUUGUCUCGGGAUGCGGUGCAUAAGAUCCUCCAUCGGUCGCCGACCAAGGUGUGGAAUAUGCGGAGAGCGGAUGAUCGCGAGGUGAUGUUGCCGAAACGGACUCUUAGUCUGACCUAUUCCGAGGUCAGUGAGAUUCGCAUCUCCAGGGAGAGGCCGUGGAUGUUGCAACAGCAGACGAGAUUGGGAGGGUUUUAUGCCGAGAUGGCGGUCGUUGCCGGGAAGGUCAAGGCAACGAAGAUCUACCCCGCUGAGGAUGGGGAUGGUGGCUGGGGCCAGUCACCGAUGGACCGCGGGCUCGCAACGGCGAUUCAGGCGCUGAUGGAGCGGUUUGCGAGCCAGAUGGGUGCCCGGUUGACGGGGCAUCUACGGUUGAAGGUGAUGGUGGAUGAGGAGGUGAGCGACAAUUGUCUGCGGUAUGUGAUACUCAUUGAUAGCUGCUCGCAUGGCGCGUCGGCGGUCAAGUACCUCAUCCUUGAGGAUGAUCUGAAGUCCUUGGUGGAUGGGUAUCUGGAGGCAUUGACGCCGCAGACAAAUGGUGUCGCCGAGGGGGAGGUCAAUGGCACGGCGAAUGCUGCGACUGCGUCUGCUUCCUCAAAGCCCGAUAUCACUACGCCUCCGCGCCGACGAUUCAGUCUGUUUCGCUCUGCGAAGAAAGCCAAUGUGAAGGUGUUUGGAUCGCUGGGGAAACAGGUCGAUCGUGCUCUUAACGAGGGCAGUAAGCUCCUGUUCUUCUGGAAGAACCAGAAGUUCUCCCAGCUGGAUCCAUUGCCUUGGUGGUGGCAUGCUCAUGUUUAUCAACCGUUGAGGGAGUUGGAGAUGGUUGUGAAGCCGAAGAGGGUGAAGAGGGCGUGA